CAAGAGCCAAAAACACAGGCUCGCGCGCGAUGGCCUCCGCGCGGGCGAUGCGCGCUGCGCUGCAGAAGAUUGCCGAGCGCGGCGCACAGUCGUCGCUGCUCGCGCCGGCGGUCGCUGCCGGCACCGCUGUCGCUGUCGCGUCCGUGUCGACGGUGCACGCCUCUGACGUCAUCCACGCGCCGCACCAGUCUUGGGACUUCAAGGGGUUCAUGUCGUCGUACGACGCGGCCUCGGUCCGCCGAGGCCACCAGGUGUACACACAAGUCUGCGCCUCGUGCCACGGCCUCGCUCGCAUCGCGUACCGCAACCUGGUGGACGUCUGCUACUCGGAGGAGGAGGUCAAGGCCAUGGCCGAGGACACCGAGGUGAUGGACGGCCCAAACGACGAGGGCGAGAUGUUUGAGCGGCCGGGCAAGCUGUCCGACUACCUGCCCUCGCCGUACCCCAACGAGGAGGCCGCGCGCUACGCCAACAACGGCGCCUACCCGCCCGACCUCUCGCUCAUCAUGAAGGCGCGGCACAACGGGCCCGACUAUGUCUUUGCGCUGCUGACGGGGUACAAGGACCCGCCCGCGGGCGUCGCGGAGCGGGAGACGCAGUACUACAACCCGUACUUCCCCGGCGCGUGGAUCGGCAUGCCCAUGCCGCUCAACGAGGGCGCGGUCGAGUACGACGACGGCACGCCCGCCACCGCCACGCAGAUGGCCAAGGACGUCUGCACGUUCCUCACGUGGGCGGCGGAGCCCGAGGCGGACGAGCGCAAGCUGAUGGGCGUCAAGUGGAUGCUCACCCUGACGGUGCUCUUUGGCUUCACCUGGUACUACAAGCGCGUGCGGUGGGCCCCAAUCAAGACGCGCCGGCUCGAGCUCUACUAGAGAGGGGGGGGGGGGGGGGGCACGGGGGAGGGGAGCCCCCCACCCCGGUCUUGUCCCGGCGCCGCCGAGUACAUUGCCGGACCACCUUGCGUCAGAACCCACCGCCGGCUCUCGCUGCCACAAUUCGCAGUACUCCCUUGUGUGAUUGGGCGCGCAGAAUUUCGCCUGUCUUGUCACUUUAGCGAGAUCUUCUCGCAUGGGACCGGGUGGCGGCGGCACUGCUCGCCGGCGAUCAUAUUUCCCACAAGGCUCACAUCUAUACUGCAAUGCA